CAGAUUUUACCUCAUCAUACAUCCCCGUCUGGAUCCGAGGAAUGAUACUUGGCGGUAUUCCUGGUUGCAUGGAUGCGACCGAUCUAGAGAAAGGUCAACACGAAGAUAUCUUGCGCUGUUUCGUCUUCCACCCUGUUCGGAAGAGGUUCAGUCAAGCAACCGCGCUGACACCCGUUCUCAUGACGCCGCUGACACUACAACUGUGAUGAUGAUGGGCUGCAAGAGUACGUCGUGCGUGAUCGGUACGACUGCACGCACAAGCUUCCUUCUUCAAACACGAGCGCCCCUUUCAAUUGGCCACCUGGCAGGGCGAGUCCAGCGAGCCAGAUAUGUCCAGACUCUCUGCAGCAAUACUACACUGGCAUGUCCGCGAAAGGCAACGACCGGUCUGAGGUCCUACCUGCAGGUCAACUCCCCUGCAAGGCGUUCACCCCCGUCGAGCACAAUAUCGAGGCUCUUGCAAGUCCGAUGGCGCGCAUCAGCAGCUGAAUCUCAGAGUGCACGCGUGACGGAUUCUGAAGUGAAUGCGAGGCCAACUGUCCGGACGACAGCGGUACCCAAGGCGCAGAAAGCUACGCAAGGCUUGCGAGUUCGCUUAGCAGAAGUGCUGAAACAGGUCCGUCAGUCAAUUACCUCAACAGGUGGUGCAGAGGGAGAGCAGCCUCCGUUUCCCGAAUUCAGGAAGCUGUGGGGUCUGGCUUCGACGCAGAGGAAAACUCUGAUUCUGGCACUAGCUCUACUCCUGGUCUCAUCAGCUGUCAGCUUGACUGUUCCAGCAGCCGUCGGCAGGCUCAUCGACUACUUCAGCAGCUCCAAUGUCGACGCUUUCUGGGGCCUUUCCUUUGGGAAGGUCACAGCCAUCCUAGUGACCAUCUUUGCCAUCGGUGCAGCUGCAAAGGCAGGGAGCAACAUUAUGCUUGAGCUCGCCGGCAUUCGCCUCAUUCAAGGCAUGCGGAGGCAAUCAUUUGCAAGUGCCCUCAAGCAGGAUGUUGAGUGGGCGCACAAGUCGGCCGGUGACGUCGUGUCUCGCCUCAGCGUGGACACCUCGAUUGUCGGCGAAUCUUUGACAUCGGAUAUUGGCGAUGGGCUUCGAGCAGCAGUGACAGUCCUGUUUGCUGGCUCAGCCAUGCUGUGGAUCUCCACUGAUCUCACCCUCGUUAUGAUGGGAAUCGUGCCCCCGGCCGCGAUUUCGGCUGUCUUCUAUGGUCGCUAUAUCCGUAAUCUGACGCACAAGACACAGGAUGCUGUUGGUCGCAUGACAGACGUGGCGAACGAACGCUUGGCGCCAGCCGCUUUCCGUACGAUCACUGCUUACAACACCCAAAACAUGGAAAUCAAACGAUUGGGCAGAGAAAUCCAGUCUAUCGCGGAGAUUCAAGCGAAAGAGGCUCGUGCGACUGGAUUCUAUUACAGCGGGACAGGGUUUGUCGGAAACUGUGCAAUUCUUACGCUUCUCACAUACGGCGGGUCACUUGUGGGCAGGGGUCUACUGAGCGUGGGAGACCUCACAUCAUUGCUGAUGUAUACAGCCUAUCUUGGUGGAGGACUUGCAAGCCUGACAAGCUUCUUUGCGAGCAUCAUGAAAGGCAUGGGUGCGGGCGCACGAGUGUUCUCAUUGAUCGAGAGGGACCCCAAGAUUAAGCUGGGAGUUGGCGAGGACGUGGUCGUCACAGAACCUCCAGCCAUCGAGUUCCGCAACGUAAAAUUUUCGUAUCCAUCACGCCCGGAGACCAAGGUUUUGAAUGAUUUCAAUCUCAAGAUCACUCCUGGCAGCAGUGUCGCCCUCGUUGGAGCAUCUGGUGUUGGCAAAUCGUCCGUGCACGCGUUGGCACUCCGGUUGUAUGACCCAGAAGACGGAACUGUGCUGCUGAAUGGCAAGGAUGUCAAGGCGUAUAAGCCCGAGACUCUGCGUGACGUAUUUGGUGUCGUUGGGCAGGAGCCUGUCAUGUUUGAUGGCACGAUUGCAGAGAACAUCGCCUAUUCGAACCCGAGGGCCACUCGAGAGCAAAUCGUAGCAGCGGCUGAGGCGGCACACUGCAUGGACUUCAUUCGGACUUUGCCACAAGAGCUGGAGACGAAUGCACGCCAAUUGAGUGGUGGCCAGAGGCAGCGGAUCUCUAUCGCACGAAGUCUUUGCAAGAGUCCGCAUGUCCUGCUGAUGGAUGAAGCGACGAGUAGCUUGGACAGCGCAUCAGAGUAUCUCAUCAAUCAGACCAUAUCUAGAAUUGUCGGGGAUGGCAAGAUCACUGUUUGGAUCAUUGCGCAUCGCCUUUCGACCAUCAAGUCCGCUUCCACGGUCGUCGUCAUGGACAAUGGCCGCAUAGUCGAGAGCGGGACAUUCGAUGAGCUCAACAAGCCUGGCACGCGCUUUCGCGAGCUCAUGGCUGCUCAACUGGGAAGCUCGAAAAAGUCGGUGAAUGUGGCGAUGCACUCAUCGAUAUCAGCCGGAAAUCAGCCGCAGCCUUCGCGCGCGUAUUCUACGCGGGCCGGGGGAGAUUCGCUUGAGAUAGAGCAACCUUGGAGUGUUCGGGAAUUAAUAGAGCAGGCGCCGAAGAGGGAGGCAUGGUCAUCCGAGGAGUACGCACGUCUACACAAGUCAGCAGGGCUCCGUGUACCCAGCGAGGCGGAAGCCAAACCAGGGGCGUCGGACUCACUUCUUGGCUUGGUCGAAUCUGUGCGCCAAGAGCAGAAGAAAGAAUGAUGGCGUUUCUGUAGUCUACACACCUUUGCCACACUUAACACCGCUUUCGAUCACCC